AUGCGUUUCCUCGUGAUUGUGGUCCUCGUUGCUGUGCUUGCGACGGUUUGUGAAGCUCAAUUCAGUGGAUAUCGGCGUCCUCGUCGUCUGCGCAGACCUGCGACAAUUAAACGUCUCUCUGAAGUUUCAACUCUCAUCGCACAAACGGCUGAGAAGCAGCCUGAUUAUAAUCCGACUGAAGACUUCUAUGGCUAUGAAGAGGAUAGCGAAUUCCCUCCCUCGCGUUGGGGUGAAAAGUGGCCAGUGUGCGCUGGACUGCAGGAGAGUCCAAUCAACAUUCAGCUCAACACGUGCAAGAAGGAUACCGCGCUCUACCCCAUGAAGCUGCAUAACUUCGACGCCAUUCCGCUGACUUCGACCAUCCAAAACUUAGGUCACGCGGUGCAGGUCGUCUUCACCUACGGCAAGAUCACGCCCUCCAUCACUCGCGGAUUCUACAGAUUGACGAAGUACAACUUCCAGCAGUUGCACUUCCACUUCGGCAAGACCGACGAAGAUGGAUCCGAGCACACGAUCGAUACCAAGAAUUUCGUCAUGGAAGCGCACAUGGUCUUCUCCAAGUCCACUUAUGCCAGCAUCACUGAGGCCUCUCAGGAUCCCGAAGGCUUGAUCGUCUUGGCGUUCCUCUUUGAAGUCGCGGAAGACGAUGAAGUCAACAAGUCGCCGAUUGGCUUCCUGGCGGACGUUCUGGCGCAGAUCGGCGAGCCUGGACAGAGCGUGACUGUGGCAGACGCCAAGGCGCAUCGUCUCAUCGACAUCAUCGGAAGCACCAAGUUCGAGUACGUGCGCUACGCAGGCAGCCUGACCACUCCGCCCUGCUCUGAGGCCGUGACGUGGCUCGUGUCGACCAAAGCCCUGAAAGUCAACCGCAAGACUCUGGACGGCUUCAGGGAAGUGAACUCUUUCGAGGGCAAGAUGGCCGGAAACCACCGCCCAGUUCAGCCCAUCAACGGACGCGAGUGCUUCAUUCACUAA